AGUAGCCUAAUAUAAAGCAAAGAAGAUAAAAUGAAUAUAGCAAUAGCUAUAAUAGUGGCAAUGGUGGCAGGAGCUCAAUCGCUUGAUUGUUACCAGUGCAGAGACGUAAAUUUGGAAUCAGGGGCUACAAAUACCUGUGACUCAGACAGCGUUCAUCAGUGUCCAGAGGGUGAAGUGUGCUCAUCUCUUGUCGUGACCUUCUUUGAGGGUGCCAGGUUCGGCUACAUGAAAAACUAUAAAUGUAUGAAUCGGGCAGAUGUGAGAUCAGACUUGGGUACAUGUAGGGAAUCAAAAUCUGAAUUUGCCAAUGUUUUGAACGAUUUGACGGAUUAUGACUGUGCAAUUGAAACAUGCGACUACAGCUUGUGUAACUACCGUAUCAUACCAGAAGAGCCUUGGUGGAAAUCUACGGAGGAUGACACCUCAAUUACUGAAAUUAAUUGUGUUGACAGAGCAGACAAUGAUGGAUCAGAGUACAGGGGAACGAGAUCCUUCACAGUAUCAGGACGCGAAUGCCAGGAAUGGGACUCUCAAUCACCUAACAAACAGAGUGUUGGAUCGAAAUAUCCUAAUUCAGGACUGCAAAAGAACUUUUGCAGAAAUCCAGACGGUGAACCAAGCCCCUGGUGUUAUAAUGGUGAGGGAACUGUGCCUCGAUGGGAGCUCUGUGAUAUACCUACAUGCGGUAAUUAACUGUGGUCAUCAGUAAGCCAGUCAACUAAAAAGGAGCUGAUGUACAAGAAGUUCAAACGAAAAGGAUUAGUUGUGGAACACAACAAGAAAAUUGAGAAUAAUCUUGUGCGAGGGUAGGGACCCAGAUGUCGUUUCUAACCCAAAUAAACUUUAAGGAGGCUUCUCAUCAGUAGCCGCACCUCCUUACUCGGUUUCUGAACUGGAAUUCUAUGGGCUUCCAGACGGCCAGACCGAGUAUUACCACCCCAUCCUUCUAGAGUUAUAAUUUAAAUUUAGUGACUGAAAUUUGCAGCAACUGGACAGUUUAAGUUUUUUUUUAACUUCAUUGUUUUCAUAUAAUAAAGUCUUUAUGCAUAUAAUGUUUUGGAGCAUCAAACGUCUUUAAAUCAGGAUAUACGCAUAUUAUCAUUAUAUAUGUUUACUAGUAUGUUAUUUAAUAACGGGAGAUACUCGUAAAAUAUGUAUUUCAAAUAUUCAAGAACGUCGACGAUUUCAACUCGGCGCGUUUUGGUAAUAGUAGAUUAUAAACCUACAAGUACAAUAUGUUAUACUACCUUAUGAUAUAUUUUAAUUUGUCUUAAAA